UCAACUGUCUGCUACGCUCAACUACGCCGAGAGCUGCGCGUCAUUCAACUCAUAGCUAACCUGCCGCAGUACAAAAUAAAUAAUCCUCUACAUACUUUAACAACAUCCAAAGCUUUCUACGUUUACCCAUUAACAGCUCGCGUAAGCUUAAUUUCUUUUGACCGUCCUAACUCGCUCGCAGAACAAAACAGCCGGAGGGUUUUUAGAGCAGCCGGUGUUACUUUGUUAAACAUGGCUGACGACUUUGGCUUCAGCGCGUCUGACAACGGAGUUCAUGUAGAAGAGGACCCGGCCGCCGCGUUUCUGGCCCAGCAGGAGAAUGAGAUCGCCGUGAUUGAAAACGACGCCGCCGGGUUCGGUGCGCUGGAGGACGGUGGACCUCCGCCCUCGGACACGUACACGAUCAUCGGAGGUGAAUUUGGAGGUGCACCAGUCACCGCCGUAAACGGAGAUAUGUUUCAGGACAUCAACGGCACAACGGACAGCUACUCGGCCAUUGCUCAAGUGGACAUGCAGAGACAAGAACCUGAGAGCUUGCGCAAAUGGAGGGAGGAACAAAUGGCUCGGCUGGAGGAAUUAGAUUCGGCCUCUAAAGCAGCUGAGGCUGUGUGGAGGGAGAAAGCUCGGAAAGAGCUUGAGGACUGGCAUGUACACCAGAAUGAUCAGAUGGAGAAAAAUAAAGCCAACAACAGGAAUGCUGAUAAGGCUUUCUACAAACAGCCCAACUCUGAUGCCAUAGGCUUGGUAGCAUCUGAGGAGGCCUUCCUCAAGGAGUGUGAUGAUGACAGUCCCGGCACAGAGUGGGAGAAAGUGGCCCGGCUGUGUGAUUUCAACCCAAAAACCAGCCGUCAGACUAAAGACGUGUCUCGAAUGCGCUCUGUUCUCAUUUCUCUAAAACAGACUCCUCUGGUUCGCUAAAAUAACUCUCUAAAAUAAUGUUUCACAGGCUUUCUUUCUUUUCCCUUCUUGCACUUUAUUUUAGUGAGGCUGAACACUCUAACAAGUUUUUAACGGGGUCAUAGAUUGUGUACAAUUUAUUGUAUUUAAACUUUCUAUUUAUGUGCCCUGGUGUUUUGCUGGGUCAGAAGAUUUAAUUUGGCUAUUCCAUACAUUCAAGAAUUUUGUAAAUGAAGAAAAAUUACAAGUGUUCCUCAAAUAUUGUACAUAAAGUGACCAGGUCAAGGAAUUGAUGUUUAUUACAUGAAUCCCAAUGUAAGUGAAAUCAUUAAUAAGGCAGUAGUUUUACCAUAAUGCCAAAAAUGGUUUAGUCCAGCUUUGUGAUAGUUACAAUUAACUUUGUAUUGAUUGUUGUGAUAUUUACAGUUAGUACCCACAAACCAUCAGACAGCAUUUAUCCAACAGGAACCAUUCAGGGUCUUUAAUGUUAUACAGAUAUCUCCACAUGUCUACUGGUUUGUUUCAGUAUAGAUACAGACACAGUUUAGUUACCAUCUCUAACCCUACAGAGUAUUCUAUACUCUUCGUUUCUUUUCAUAAAUUGUAACAAUCAAUGCCCAGAUUUGGUAUUAUCUGCUUUCAUGUAUUUAUGUUCACUGCAAUGAGGGAAGUUACAUUUGUGAGCUUGUUAAGGUUCUUGUUUUAUUAUAAUUUACACAUUAGCACAUUGUCAUUAUUAGUUACAAAUGCAGCUCUUUUUAUGUCUGUUGUUCCCAUAGCAGUCAGCACUUGGGAUAUUUUCCAGCAGGAGUAAAAGAUCACAGCAGUUCCUAUUAUUCACAGGUGUAUUACCCUGCUAAUAUAUCAAAGCACAGCACUGCAAGCCUUCAUUACUUCCUGUACUUGGAUCGCAGUUCAUAUUGUUCUGUUAUGUUACUGUAUACACAAGGAUGAAUAAUUCUGAGUUUGAAGCACAUCUUUUGUCAAGUGUCGAGUUCCUUAAUGUGGCCUCAGUCUACAGCAUUGAAUUCUGUGCCUGAACCUUUGCUCACUGUGACUUACUGUCUAUCCAUAGGACUUCAUCAUCCGAGCUGCCAAAAUCUAAAAACAGUAGAACGGUAGCACAAUAAAAUAACAAUAUUGCUUUUUAUAGAACUUGGUCCAGAUGUAGAAUUUUUAAUUCUACUUGUUACGAGCUUGAAACGACUUAAAUGUUACUGAUUGUUUGUAUAAUUAAUAUUCACCCAACUGGGAGGCCUUGUUACAUUGAGUAAUCUGUGUUGCCUUUUGAGCUUUUAACCAGUUUACUUGCAUACUAUAAUAAAUGAUGGUUUCCUGUAGAAACCAUUUGCAUAUGUUUGACUCUAAA